GUCACGUUCGACGAAGUUAAACCGCUGUAAGCAGUGGUUUGUAGUCAGACUGAAGAGACACGCAAAGUACUCUAACGUGGACACAGGAUCCAGGAUUGAACUGGGAUAGCUGGUUUAAUUUGAUCUGGACUCUAUUUCCUGAGAGGAGUGUGCCAUGGCGACCAUAACACUACAAGCGGCAGCACUUUGUAUUGUAUUUUUUCUCUCCACGCCUCGUGUCUCAGGCUCAUAUCCCCAAGCAUGGAAUGUGACCUGGAAAUCCACCAAUUUUAAAACUUUUCUUACCUGGGAACCCAAACCAUCACCUGAUUACUCAUACACAGUGGAAUUCUCUCAGGUUGGUGGCAACAAACAGAGAACUCAAUACUGCAUUCGCUCCUCAGCAACUACAUGUGAUCUGUCCAACUCAUUGACUGACCUGAAAGCCUGCUAUGUAGCCGAUGUCCUAUCUGAACCCCCACAGGGAGUAAUCUCUGACCAGAUUGAAUUUCCCCACAAAAGUUCACCAAAAUUCUGCCCCUACAAAGACACUGACAUAGACAGCCCUGACUUCAAGCUGGAAGUGAGUAAAGGCAAAGCCACCCUGACUGUGACAGACUCUCUCACUGCCCACUUUAAAGAUGGUGUCCUGCAGAAUAUCAGGGAUAUCUUCUCUGAGGAGCUGCAAUAUAAAGUCACUUACUGGAAAAAUAAGAGCACUGGCAAAAAAGUGUGGUUCUCUAAGACCAGUGUGAUCGAGAUGACUAAUCUUGAUCAAGGGGAGAGCUACUGCUUCCAAGUCCAAGCCUACAUCCCCAGCCGCAGUUUUGAGAAGCAACUAGGAGAGAUGAGUCAGACCCUGUGCUCAAAGGAUGAUGACCAGUCCAUCUUUAAAGUGUAUUCUCCUGCUGUGAUCAUUUCUACCAUCGUCCUCAUCUUGCUGCUGAUUGGCAUCAUCAUAACUGUCAUAGUGAUCUGCUGCAAACAAAGGAAAAAAGUUCCUAAAAGUGAAAAAAAGGGUGUUGUAUAAAAUGUGUGUUUCAUUACAUGUGCAUCUCAUUAGGAAAAUGUGGUACAAGUGAACUGGAAUGGUACCUUUAGGAAGCGCAAGGGAAUAUCUAGCUCAACAUUCCUUGAUGAAACACUGGAAUUCAAUUUAGUUUCUGUGAAACUGCUUUAUAGAUUGUCAGAUUUUUGUUUGUUUUGUUUCAUUUCAAGCUACAGAAAAAGGGACACUAUUGCAUUCCUUUUCUUUUACAUUGGUGAAUGGUACUUUAACACUAGCGACUUAUGUUAUUUAUUUAAUUUUAUAGUCUAACUUAAAAUGGCUGAUCCUUUGCUUUCAAUAUUUUUUGGGAAAUAGGGAAAAUGGUGUGUGUAUAAUUGUAUUUAAUUAAUAUUAAAGAUAAUAAAUAUUUUACUCAACACAGCCAAUUUGUACAGAAGUGAUUUAUUGAUUUUAUAAUUUCCAACAAUUAUUUUCCUGCAUAUUUUCACUGAUUCUGAGUAAGUGGCAGUGUAUCAGGGGAAAUACAUCUUUCUAAGGAUAAAUAUUUAUCAGUAUCAGCCUUCAGAUGCUUUGGUUUCUUCUUUACUUUGUAAAUAAGAAACCUUAAAAGGUUUGUUGACAAAGUCAGGGUUUAAAAAGCUUUAGAGCUAUGAUUUCCAUACAGACAACACUGUAUAAAUACAAUAAAUAUGUAUAAUAAUAAUAAAGUUCAACAGAAAGAGAAAUGAAGCACAAUACAAAAUGUUUUUCUUUUACUUAUAGCUGCACAGUGUACUAUUCUCUUGACAUUCUCUUAAUAGAGUUUAAAGUGGGCUGUAUAGUCAUGGCCAAAAGUUUUGGCAAUGGCACAAAGUUUGUUUUUCAUGCACUUUACUACUUCAGUUUUCAUUCAUCAUUGUGAUUGUUCACAGCACAUUCAUAAGUUUCAAAAACUUUUACUGGCAAAUAAAUUAAAAAAUGUUGUUUUGGCAGUGGUACCGCUAGCAGACCUUUUGGCCAUGACUGCAGUAUGUGUCGUUUCAGGAGGCAACGCAUAUCACCUGGGGUUCUUAAGGCUGCAUGUCAAAGAUAUGAACCCCCAAAUUUCCCCAUCAUCAUCAUGGAUGUGUGAGCAUGUGUGUUACGGCCCUAGCAGGGCCUGCUGUGUUUUGUGACCUAAUGGGUGUGGCUUGCUCUUUCACCCACCUUAGGUGCCACCCAUUUUAUACAGCUGACUCAACUUAGCAAUUAAGCCAGCGUACUUAGGGCCAGACUUCAGAGCCAGCGAGCCUUUGUGAAACUGCUUGCGAGUGCUGUGUGCACACUGUGGCGACACUGUGCAGGGCAUUUACCUUAUGCUGUUAGCUUAGUGACUAACUUCUGUGUUUUGUUUUUUCUUUCUUUUGAUGGUGAUGGUGGCCUGUCUGUCUCUUUUUGUUGAACCAUUAAUAAAAACC